GUUCCAAGGACCCGGAUAAUCCCGCCCACAAAGUAGCGCCGGAAGAGGGUGGGACGAGCCGGAAGAAGGCGGAACUACCUAGCCGGAAGGAGGCUCAAUACUUUGGGUAGGCGCUUCAUGGCUGUGAAGAUGGCGGUGGCUGCGUGGCUUCAGGUGUCUCCUGUUAUUUUUCUUCUUUUAGGGGCGCAGCCGUUCCCAUUGUCGUUUCUUGGUGCAGGUCCAGCACCCGUGUUUGCUGCAGAUAGAUCCAAGUGGCACAUUCCGAUGCCGUCGGGGAAAGGUUAUUUUAAUUUUGGAAAGAUUCUUUUCAGAAAUACUACCAUCUUACUGAAAUUUGAUGGAGAGCCUUGUGACCAGUCUUUAAAUAUAACCUGGUUUCUGAAAAGUGCUGAUUGCUACAAUGAAAUCUACAAUUUCAAGACAGAUGAAAUAGAGUCAUACUUGGAAAAUCUCAAGGGAAAAAAAGGCUUGUCUGGGAGAUACCAAACAUCAUCAAGAUUAUUUCAGAACUGUAGUGAACUCUAUAAAGCACAGAGCUUUUCUGGGGAUCUUACGCAUCGACUUCCUCUUUUAGGAGAAAAACAGGAGGCUAAGGAGAAUGCAACAAAUGUUACCUUUACCGGAGACAAAAUUGCAAUGCAUGAACCAUUGCAGACUUGGCAAGAUGCACCAUACAUUUUUAUCGUGCAUGUUGGCAUCUCGUCCUCAAAGGAAUCACCAAAAGAAAAUGCACUAAGUAAUCUUUUUACCAUGACUGUUGAAGUAAAGGGUCCCUAUGAAUACCUUACUCUUGAAGACUACCCACUGAUGAUUUUUUUCAUGGUGAUGUGUAUUGUGUACGUACUGUUUGGUGUUCUCUGGCUGGCAUGGUCUGCUUGCUACUGGAGAGAUCUCCUGAGAAUUCAAUUUUGGAUUGGUGCUGUCAUCUUUCUUGGAAUGUUUGAGAAAGCUGUGUUUUAUGCAGAAUUUCAGAAUAUCCGAUACAAAGGAGAAUCUGUCCAGGAUGCCUUGGUCCUUGCAGAGCUGCUCUCAGCAGUAAAGCGCUCACUGGCUAGAACCCUGGUCAUCAUAGUCAGUCUGGGAUACGGCAUAGUCAAGCCUCGCCUUGGAGUCACUCUUCACAAGGUUGUGGUGGCAGGGGCACUUUAUCUUUUAUUCUCUGGCAUGGAAGGAGUCCUCAGAGUUACGGGGGCCCAGACUGAUCUUGCUUCCUUGGCCUUUAUACCCUUGGCUUUCCUAGACACUGCCCUGUGCUGGUGGAUAUUCAUUAGCUUAACUCAAACCAUGAAGCUAUUAAAACUUCGGAGGAACAUUGUAAAGCUCUCUUUGUACCGACAUUUCACCAAUACGCUUAUCUUGGCAGUGGCAGCGUCUAUUGUGUUCAUCAUCUGGACGACCAUGAAGUUCAGAAUAGUGACUUGCCAAUCGGACUGGCGGGAGCUGUGGGUAGAUGAUGCCAUUUGGAGAUUGCUGUUUUCCAUGAUCCUCUUUGUCAUCAUGAUUCUCUGGCGGCCAUCAGCAAAUAACCAGAGGUUUGCCUUCUCGCCGUUGUCAGAGGAAGAUGAGGAGGAUGAGCAGAAGGAGCCGAUGCUGAAGGAAAGCUUUGAAGGAAUGAAAAUGAGAAGUACCAAGCAGGAACCAAAUGGGACUAGUAAAGUAAACAAAGCACAGGAAGAUGAUUUGAAAUGGGUAGAAGAAAAUGUCCCUUCUUCUGUGACUGAUGUAGCACUUCCGGCCUUGCUGGACUCAGAUGAGGAACGAAUGAUCACACACUUUGAAAGGUCAAAGAUGGAGUAAACAAUGGAAAACUGCCAUAGAAGAUGGCUUGUAUUGGGGAAGAGACAGCUUGUGUGUCAGUCUUCUGCACUGCUCCAUGGGAUUAAAGGAGGCAAUGACAUCUUCCUCUGUUUCUUGAUCUCUGUGCAUGGGAGCUGGGGAGAGGUGUCAGCCAAGGAGAGCAGCUUACUGAAACAUAUCCAUGGGAUGAGAAAAACCUACCAGCUUCUUUACAUCAUCGACACCCUUUCCCUCCCAACCCCAUCAUGGCUGUUUUUGCAAGCUACAUGUUGUCCCUGAACUUUCUAUUCCAUUGUUUAAUCUGUCAGACUAGGAAGUUUAAAGUUUAUGAAAGGACUGUGUCAUUUACACCAUAGUUUGUCAUCUCUAGGAGCAACUGCCUGUGAUUUUAUUUAUUUAGGAAGUUGGUAAUGGGAGAAAUUAUCAUUUAUUUUUGAGUUUCCUGGGAAGUCAAGAUUACAUCUUGCAGAAGUAGUUUGUGGGGAAUAGGCCCUUUUGAGUUAAGGAACUAUAGAUCUAUCAGUGACCAAAAGGGAAGGGGGGGGGGGCGGGAAGCGAGAGAAACUUACAUGUGAUUCAAAAUCAAGUGCAAUUUUGUUUACAAAUGGUGUAUAUUAAAGAUUUUUCUAUUUCAGAUGUGCUUUAAAGAGAAAUACUAACUCUUCUGACAUCUGAUAUUAUGACACAUCCCAUUGCUGGCAAUGUGGUGCACACUCCAAAACUUUUAACUACCAUUUAGUCAGCCUCAAGGGCAGCAUUGCAGUCACAGGCGAUGCUUGAUUUCCCUUCAUGCCGUUCUUUGGGAUUGCACCAGAUGCCAAGAGGCACUCUGUUUCCGUGCUGUGAUUGUUCGCCCUGCAAGAGGGAUUAUCAUGCUUCAGAAGGGGGAGCUUACAGAGAGGGAACAGGUCCCGUUGCUUUAUAAGCAGGUAUUCUUGCAUGAAGUGGUAUGGAGGCCCUAGACUGCUGCUGCUUUUUUUUCUUUUUAAAGAUUGAUGGUUCUAGUUUCUGAUGUUGGCUUAGAGACUGCUUAUAACAUCACCAGGUGAUGGGAUUCACUUGAAGCACUGUAUUUCAGUUUUGAUCGUUUGAUCCCGUUUUGCCUUCCCUAAAUUUUUGUUCUACAUGAAAAGUUCAUGCCACUUUUUAAUAUAAAAAUUUUAACAAAACUA